UUCACUAAACCCUACAAGAUACUACCUUGAGAACCCAAACUGGGUAAUAGCAUUGCACACAAACAUGAUAUAGAACAAUUGUUAGCAAAGUUAGAAAAUGGAAUAGAAUGUUGAACCAAUAAAAUAGAAUAGACGGAGAUACUCAGGCAUCAUAAGCUUCUGACAAAGCUCCACUUUGAUCAACACCAACCCAUGUAAGAUUAGCAAGUCCACAACCUCUCAUGCCUUUGAAUCAGCCGUCGUUGUUGAUGGCCGUGGUAAACCCACAAAAUUUUCUUUCUGACGCAUCGAUUUUUUAUAAUGGAGAGUCCAUUGAUCUUCCAUUUCGAUUGGAGAAGAUGACCCAGAAAAACAAAAAAAAACAUUUACUUUCCGUUCUGUUUUUAGAGAGACAAAAAGAGUGAUAGUCGAGCAUCUAAUCAAAGCCCCAAUCGAAAUCUCUAUUUGCCGAAUCGAUUCCCAGUCUCUUCUAGCCGUUGUUCCCUCCGAUCCAGUCACAGUCCAAGCGAGUGGAGAGAGUUGUUGAAACAAAGUUAGAUACUUUAUGUAUAUAGAGCUGGAAAGUGUCGACACUUAUAAACAAACUCGCCGGAGACGACGACACAGCAAAAAAAAAACAGGAUUUUUAAUGGAGAAGAAGAAAGAGAACGGUGUUGAUGAUGGGAAGCAAUCGGGUCGGGUCAUAAACGGACCCACUAACUCAAUGGUCACACCUCUGCUCAAUGAUCUUUGCUGGUUUAGAGGAAAGCAUCAAGUUCCUCGCUAAUUUUAAUUUGACUGAUCAAGAGAAGAAAGCAUCAAGUUCCUCGCUAAUUUUAAUCUUUCUUCUGCAACCCAGAAGGAACUUUCUCUGCUUCGUAACUUAAAACUGAUUUUCUUUGGCUUGUAGGAGAGAGACAUAGGAUAGGUAACUGCUGAUCAUGCAACAAGGGUAACAAAGUAAAUAAUAUAGAAAAUACAGAGAAUAUUACCUUCUCUUAGUUAGAAUGGUUACUCAAUGAAAUAUAAUUUUUUUGUGCGUUAUUUCUGCCAAUUCCCCUUAAAUCAAUCGUUUGUAAAAAAACUCUCUCAGACUUUUCGUCGAACAGCUUUUAUAUAUUUUUUCUUUUUUAUUUCACGUCUUUAAAAAAAAAAUAAAGCAUUUUCUUUUUCUUCUAUUUUUGUUAUCUUGUAACUAAAUUGGGCCACUAAAACUAGUUUCUUCUGCAAUCGUGGGUAUAUAUAACGAGAGAGAGACUUUUGAGAGAGAGAGAGAGAGAGAGAGAGAGAGAGAGAGAGAGACCCAUCUCCAUGGUACCAAGGUGGAAAUGGAAAGGUGCUGAGGCAAAAGCACUUGCAGAACCUGUUUCAGAAACAGUCUCGGAGCUCCAAUCUUCUUUUGCCCGAACAGAGGCUUCAGGUUUCCUCUCAACUUGUAACGUACUUCUAUUGGUUGAGGUAGAGCAAGCUGAGCUUUUGGACCGUUGUUGUUUUGGUAGACCUGUUGUUAAUAGCGAGAAAGAUAAGAGAUGGGUUCAAUUAUCUUUUGAAGAAGCUUUCUUUUUGUUCUGCAAACUCAACUGCAUCAAGAUAUCUGUUCAUGGUCGUUCCCUUGAAGACGAGUUAGAUCUAUGGCGAUCCAUGAGAUCAUUUAAGCCUAAUUUUGCGAUCUUGUACAAGGCUUAUUCCCAUCUUAGAUCAAAGAACUGGAUUGUAAGAUCAGGGUUACAAUACGGAGUUGAUUUCGUGGUCUAUAGACAUCAUCCAUCUCUUGUCCAUUCUGAAUACGCUGUUCUUGUUCAUUCCAUUGGAGAGAAUGACCGGUUAAAGCCGUGGUCCGAUGUUCAUUGCAGUGUUCGGCUAACUGGUAGCGUCGCGAAAACAUUGUUGGUUCUUUACGUCAAUGGACAAGUCAAUAAAGAGAACAUGAACCUGCCUUUGUGUUUAGAAGACUACACAGUGGAAGAGCUAACAAUUCGUAGAUGGAAUCCAGAACUUAGCCGUGAAGAUGAAAGCAGAACAUGAUUAUGCUUAUGAGUUAAACAGUUGUGUUGUAAUGCUCAUUUUUAGAGGAAGAUAUAAAAAUAGACUAGAGGUUCUGAUUCCAACAUAAAUAAUAUACAAACACAAAAAAAAAAAAAAAAUGUGUUACAUACCAAAAACA